AUCGACUUCUUCCAACUCAACAUCACAUCAUUCCAAGCCCAGAUAUACCCGAAUAUUGCCAAGACGAGCCUCGUGGGAUUCAAUGGAAUAUCUCCAGGGCCUACCUUUAGGGUGCGACGCGGGAUCCAGAGUGUGAUUCGCGUUGUGAACCAGAAUGACCGGCCAGCUGUACUGCAUCUGCAUGGAUCAUACUCUCGCGCAGUUUGGGAUGGCUGGGCAGAAGACUUGAUCCAACCGGGCCAAUACAAGGAUUACUACUAUCCAAACUCCAACACGGCUAGAACUCUCUGGUAUCACGAUCACGCGAAUAUGAUCACCUCGGUCAAUUUGUUCAGUGGCUUGGCAGGUUUCUACAUUAUCGAAGAUCCCGAGGUGGAGGCGCAGCUUGGCCUUCCUCAAGACAAAUACAACAUCCCCCUUGCUCUCAAUUCGAAGCAGUAUACCUCCACUGGAAGCCUCAUUUCUGUAGCCAACGAGACUGAGAGUACCUAUGGCGAUGUCAUCCAAGUAAAUGGCCAACCUUGGCCGUUCUUGUCGGUGGAGCCUCGAAAAUACCGGUUUCGUAUAUUAAACUCAUCUCUCAGCCGCACUUUUAAUAUUACUGUUGUGGACAAUGGCAGCGGAACCCAUUUGCCCCUUGACAUUGUCGCAUCAGAUUCUGGAUUCCUGAGUUCGCCUGUAACAACUACCAACCUACUGACGGCCAUGGCAGAGAGAUGGGAAGUGAUUAUUGACUUUUCAAGCUUUGAGAACCGCAACUUGACUGUCAUGAAUGGCAAAAACAUCUUUGACUCUAUUGACUUUCCGCAUACUGAUCUUGUGAUGCAGUUCAAUGUGGGAUCGACCGUUUCUUCCAACGUCAACAACAGCCCACCCCCUUCAUCUCUGGUGCCAAUAGAUACUCUACCAACUAGUCUUGUCAACCGGAAGUUCAAAUUUGAUAAACAAAACGACGAGUGGGUGAUUAAUGGCGUCCCCUUCUCCGAUGUUAAGAAUAGAGUUCUUGCGGCGCCUCAAAGCGGAGCAACAGAGAUAUGGGUGCUGGAGAAUCAGAAUCCUUGGUGGAGUCACCCAAUUCACAUCCACCUGGUUGAUUUCCAGAUUCUAUCUCGUUCAGGCGGACGAAACACUGUCGAGCCAUUCGAAAAGGUCGCCCUCAAAGAUGUCGCUCUACUCGGCCCGAGAGAAACAGUUACAAUAGCUGUCACGUUUGCUCCGUUUGCUGGCGUGUACAUGUUCCACUGCCACAACGCCAUCCAUGAAGACCAUGCCAUGAUGGAUGCGUUCAAUAUCACGGCUAUCCAGGGAUUAGGCUACAAUGUGUCGGAUCUCAUGUUUGCAGAUCCUCUAAACGCCACCUGGCGCGCAAAGGACUAUACAGACUUGAAUAAUCAGUCAAACUUGAGUAGCAUUUUGGCUACUUUUGCAGCAACCGAUGCAUACAACGAUGUAUCAAAGGCAACGGAAACGGAAAAUGCAGGAUAUAGAUUGGCGCAAAUGCCAUUG